GAUCGUACACGACUUUCCAACCUAAAAAUGGCAACCGCGAGUGUGGAGUGUAGCGAUUUUUUAGAAUUUCAGACGUAUUUACGUACGCAACUUUAUUAAGAGGUUAGGAAUGUACACGUGAGGAUAUGUUAAGAAAAAUGCGACAAAUAGAUGAUAAAAUAAUUUAUAUGCUAAACACUACGAUUCCUACCGAAUCCUUCAAAGGCCAGGUGGAUCCUUCUAUGCAGUGUAAAGAUUUAUUCCAGCAAAUAGAAUCUGAACAUAAGCAAAGGACACAAGCGAUUACAAGAUGUGUAAAUAUUGCUAAGGAAAAAGUGAUGCAUUUAAAGAAUUUAAAAGAAAAGAACGGUGACACGGAUCUGAUGUUAAUAAAAAAUUUGAGAAGUGAACAGACUAAAUUGAGACUACUACAAUCCGAGCUCAAUAUAGAGGAAGUUGUAAAGAAACGUACAACACAAGUCUAUUACGAGAGAUGUCGUGGAUUUUAUAAACCAUCACACAUGGACACAUAGAAUUUGUUGAAUAAUAUAAAGCAGAAGAUUUGGUUAUUUGAAUGCUAUUUUUGAAUUGUUACAGUUAUAUAGCUAUAUAUAGAAAUUUUGUAAACAUUAA